AUGGAGAACUCCAGCUUUUCAACACUUUCACGAAAGAAGGUCAAGACCGGGGUAAAGAAGGCAGGAAAGAAGACUGAUAAGACGGGAAAGAAGCCCACUGGCAAGAACAAGGCAACUCCGUCUACUAGCGCAGUUCACCUUGCAACUCCUCACCCUCACCCUCACCCUUACCCCGCCAGCACUCAGUAUGUACCGGCAUAUGCGCCUAUUCCACAGACGCAAACGGUAUUCCUUGAGAAACCAAGCAAUCGAAAGGGGAAAAUGUCGGGAUUUUGUGUCGUGUCCCUGGCAGUUAUAUCCUAUCUGGUAGCUAUCGUUCUGGGUCUUUAUAUCAUGACCAGCUGCGUCUCGACAACGGCAAAGGCUAAUGAGAUCUACCUCGCCGAGCUCUCAACAAACGGGACAAACGAUAUCUCACUUCGUGUAGGCUACUUCGGAGGAUGUGUAUCGGUCACCGAAGGAGCUGAGACAUACUCUCCCGAUGGCAAUUCCUCCACACAAACGUCCACCCACUGCGUCACAAACAUGCGCAGCAAAGAUCUGGACGAGCUAAGCGAAGAUCUAUGGGAGCCUCUAGACCUCGCCUCUUCUAGUACCCAAUCAGACGUUCAAUCCUUUUUGAACACCACCCUCCCACAAGCCAAGCACCUCCAAGAGAAUGUCUUCUUCUUCCAACCUCCCCUUAUACAUGUCCUCCUCUUUUUCGUCACGGGAAUUAUGCUCCUCGUUGCUCGCACAGGCACAUCAGGGAAGAAGUCAUACAAGGCAAUGCUAGUGAUUGCUAUCAGUUUGAGUGCCUUCUCGCUUGCUCUCGCACUAGUGACAGUCCUCGGCUCCCUACAGGGCAUGAAUGCGUUGCUUAAUUCCUCUGCAUCCGGGGAACAAAGGGACCUUGGUGAUUCGUUGUAUAUGUCGCGGGGCAAAAAUAUUCAGGGUCUACAGGGGGCUCUUGUUGGCAUUGUCGUUGUAUUCUAUGUCAUGAUGGGGGCACUAUUUGUGCAGCGGACUCCAGAGGGAGGGGCUGGGUAUAUAAUCCAGGCCUUUCAGACUGCAGGGAGACCCUUAAAGAGGUGGGGAAGAAAAUAG